CAAGUCCGAAGUGGCACGGUGUCCCGUUAGUGGUCUCGAACGGCAGUACCAUCGCGACCGCGCGCUCUGUCGCCAGUGUUGUGUUCCGUGCCACACCAUCGAUAUAACGGUAUUAAUCGGAUACGAUGGCGCGAAGAAAAAGUGCGUGUGUAAAGUGGACUUUAGUAUUAUUAUGUGUUGUUUGUCCGUUUGUGUAUAGUAGGCCACAGGACGCGUCACAAGAUAGUACCGUUAGCAGUAUAACAGACACUACAGAAAACCCAUUAAGGGCUGUCACGCAAAAAAUAUCAGAAGAACCAAAACCAGUGCCUGUUGCCUCUGCAGCCGCAGUUCCAGAUUCAGCACGAGAUGUCAAAUCCAAGCUUCCAAUCCGCGAUUCCAUCAAAAUCGUCGCGAGCCAACUUCUUGAUAAGCCCGAAAACGAAUCUGCCAACACACCAGUAGCUGAUACGAGAGUACCACCAAAAUUGAAAUCUCAGCUAUCAAACAAACAUAAAAUAAAGACAAGAAAUGAAGACGGCGAAGGAACUUACAACGGACAUGCUGGUGAAGCAGUCCCAAUCACUUUGGAUGACGUGGACACAGAAAACAAAAUCAGUGACGUAACAAACGAGUCUUCAACUUCUAAUGAUGGUAUCUCUACUUGGAUUCUGGUUAGUAAUCCAACAAAUGCAUCUACUGUUUCUACUGAACCAACUAAGACAGAAGAGGCUCAGAAGAAACCUAAACCACCGGCUAAUAAAAAUAAGGCCAAGAGACCUCAGAAUAAUAAAACUGUACCUAAGCGUCCCACUGCAGGUAAUAAUAAAGGUGACAUGAUGGCCAGUGCCUCAUCUAUUAAUGAGAAUGCUUAUACUAAAAUAAGAGACACAGCGCCUACCAAUGUCCAAAAAACUAAAAGCACACCUAAUCAACGUACUACAACUAUGUCUUCUACAGAAGUUACUAUCCCGAAAAAAGAAGUAACAAAAUCACAGUCGAUCGCAAAACCUAAAAAGAAGAAUAAGAAUAAACAGAAAGUGACUACAGAAGCCCCUGAAGAGAAUGAAUCAGCUUUAUUGCCAAUGGAGCCUAAAGAACAGGAAAUCGAACUUGAAGUGAGUACUCCACCAACGACCACUAAGAAACCAAAACGCAGUUCUUCCAAAUCUAAAAAUAAAACAAAGAAGAGAAAAACGUCUACACCUAAGCCCGAAUCUGAAACCGAAAUUACAGAAAUCAAAACGUCUGGAAACAAAACAAAAUCUGCUAAGCCGGCAAAGAAACCAGAGCAAACUGGAACAAUAACAACACAACUUUACAACUACUUCUCUAGGGAAGUUAUGCCUUCGGUCGGAGUAGGCGUUAUCGGCUUAGCUAGUUUAGUAGGCAUCGCUAGCUAUUUCUUGUAUCCGUUUUCAACACCAGUCAGAAGAACGUUCGAAGUUGACAAAAUGGAUGAUAUUUAUAAGUACAAUGCUGAAGAAUACGCUAAUGACGGAAACGGACAAGCUGAGGAAGAGAUGUUAGGAACAGUAUUAGCGGGAAUGCCUACUCAUGCUAAACAAAAACUGAACCCAUAUGCCGCUCAAACACCACAUAUAAACAGAUAUCCAGUUAAAAAAGAUCAGGAUCUGAGGUAUCGCCACGGAGCAGUUUAUGACCCGAAUUACAGUAGAUACCCUCAACAAAAAACUGGCAUUGCGCACGCCGCUGUUUACGCAAAACCCGUUAACUAUAAUCCACAAUACGAAACUAGACAUGUUUAUACCACAGAGGGUAAAUAUAAUUUUGACAAGCCACAAAGCUACACGCCGUACCCUGCAGUAGAACCCAUCUACGCUGCACCACAAACGGGUUCUGGAGUAUCAUCUUACGGGAAUGAUAAUACAAAUUCCGUAGUAUACGGCGUUAAACCAACAUCGGAUUCGGAUUUUAAACCAGUGUACCCUUAUAAUAGUCAGUUCUUCAGCGAAUCAACAAGUAGUCCGGUAACAUAUUCUCCCACUUCCAUGUAUUUAGGUUCUAACAAUGAGGAGCAAGAAGCCAGCGUUGAAAGUUCCAGUCAAAGUAAUGAAUCUGAUGAAAACAAAUUUGUAGUUGGCAAUGUGCCUAAAGAACUUGUUGAUUCUGCAACGCCGGCAGUAGUGCCAGAACAUGGACCUAGGAAAUUGAAGAAAAGGAGUAUAUCUAGUUCACUUGAAGAGAUAUUAAGGGCUGAGAAAGAAAAUAAGGACAUAUUUAUUAGCAAUGAGAUUGAUGAUUCUUACAGUGUUCCUGUGAGAAAUCUUGCAGCAGUAUCAGAACCUUUACCUAUGAAUGACGUUGAAAAACCCAAGGAAGUAAUUCCAAUAUACGCCGUAUCAAUGGACCCAGCCAAGGAACAAAAUACUGAAUCAACGACUUUAAAAAAUGAAAUUAUUGAAAGCGUCUCCACAUUACCCGUAAGUAAUGAUAGGGAGAAAACGAACACAGCAACUGAAAGCGAUACUGAAGUUACUACUAAAACAUUUAAGGUAUAUGAAGUAUUCCCUGGGGUAAGUAGCCCGAAAGUUAAAGACGCUACAAAGUACGAAACGACGACGCAAUUCAGGAAUAUGAUGACAGAGACUACAACCGACAUCAAGUUGGAGACUACAUCAACUCUACCACCUUCUUCGCCGGUUUCUGAUCCAUCAUCACCGAAACCAACGCAACCUGACGUCAUCACAUACCCUCCAUUGAACCAGUCAGGUGGAUUCUUCACGUUUCUAAAGAGAUUAGUAGAAUUUAAGUAUAGGCUUGGGUUAAGUAUAUUGCAAAGUACUUCGGAGUCCUUAAACAGAUAUCUGCGUAGUAUGGAAGACACGAUGACAAAAGUAGCAAAGGCUUCGAGAACGUAAGAAUCCGUACAGAUCAUUAAUAUACUUCUGUAACUUUAAUUUCGUUUGAAUUACAUACCUUAGCAAUUUAUAAAACUUUUGACUCAAAAUAGUUUAGAGAACUGUCAAAUUUUGAUUUUCUAUUUUUAAACACCAAAAUUGAUUCAUUUUAUUAGUAGAUAAAAAGUUUUGAAUGAAUAAGUUUCUAAUUUCUAUAGCGAACUAUAACGAAUAUUAUUAUAUCACAAUUUCGUUAUCAAAAAAUAAUACAAAAUCUCGUUUACAUCUAUUUGUCAAUAUUAAUCCAAAUAGAGAUUUUAAGACACUCUUGCAUUUAUACUCCAAAAAACUUAAGCUAGUUAUUUUAUAAGCAGCAUUAAGGAGGUUGUAUUACUUAAAGGAAGUUAUUUGUAAAAUCUUAUGAACAAGUAUUUCGCGGGAUAAUUUCGUCAUCCGUUUUACGCAUACGUGGUUUAGCGCCAUCUAUCGGUCAGGGUGAUUAAAUUAUAUUUAAAUAUGCUCACUAGCGCCAUAUAGUGCGUCUAUUGUAUCUCUUUAGUUGUAAGUAAAUUGGCAAAGCGGAAUUUAUUAAAAUAUUUAGACUAAGUUUCGUAUAAGUACAGGGAAAUUAAAAGUAUAUAAUAUAUCCAAAUUUUGUACUUAUAUUUUAUAAUUUCAGAACGUUAUCCUCGGUUUAAUUAAUGAUUGAGGGAAGCCUGCUGAAUUUAUAUUGUGAUAAAGAAUUUUCGAAUGAUUUACUGUUUUACUUUUGUGUGUAAAAACAGACUAACUUGUCGACUAAAUUUAAUACUUAUGACUUGAAAUCCGACUAUGUAUUUUAUAAUCUCAUGUAACACUAAAUUGUAAAUAUUUUUAAA